AUUUUGGAACAAGCACUAGUACUAAAUAAAGCAAACCAGAAAAUGACUUCACUAAUUUUCACAAUACUUCAUUCUUCACUCUAAAAAAUCCAUAUAUUAACCAGCUGAUACUCAAAGUUCAUCAUCAAUGGCUAUCUCUUUUCAUUUCUUAGUUUAUUUCUUGCUACCCUUAUUUACCACAGCAACACUUAGACAACAAUUCAUCACUCAGCUUGAUUCUUUACCCAAUAAUGCCACUCCAAUAACUUUUUUUGAAGUCACAAAGCCAAUAAAACUACCCAAAACCAAACCUUGUUCACACCUAAUUCUUGAACAUGAUUUUGGGUUUACUUAUGGAAAACCACCAGUUCUUGCAAAUUAUACACCCCCUUUAAACUGCCCAUCUCAGAAAUUUUCCAAGAUUGUGUUGGAAUGGAGGGCAACUUGUAAAGGAAGGCAAUUUGAUAGAAUUUUUGGUGUUUGGCUUAGUGGGGUUGAGAUUUUUAGAAGCUGUACUGCUGAACCAACUGCAAAUGGGAUUGUUUGGACUGUUAAAAAGGACAUUACUAGGUACUCUUCUUUGCUUAUGAAAGAUCAAAAUCUUGCUGUUUAUCUUGGGAACAUCGUUGAUAGUACCUAUACCGGGGUUUACCAUGUGAAAAUUUUUGUUCACUUCUAUCCUGCUGAAGAAGAAUUGGGUCAUUUUGAUUCUGGGGCUGAUUUGACUAUACCCAUUUCAAGAAAUUCGCAGUUGAAUGAUGGGUUGUGGUUUGAGAUUGAAAAUUCGACUGAUGUACAGUCGAAAGAUUUCAAGAUUCCCCAAAAUGUGUAUAGAGCGGUAUUGGAAGUUUAUGUUUCAUUUCAUGAGAAUGAUGAGUCUUGGUAUGCAAAUCCACCUAAUGAGUAUAUAACUUCAAUUAAUCUUACUAUCCCGGGGAAUGGAGCUUUUAGGGAAGUGGUGGUUAGUUUGGACGAUAUGGUAGUUGGUGUAGUUUGGCCUUUUACUGUGAUUUAUACUGGGGGUGCGAAUCCCCUCUUUUGGAGACCGAUUAGUGGAAUUGGCUCGUUCGAUCUUCCUUCCUAUGACAUUGAAAUUACGCCAUUGUUAGGAAAGAUUUUAGAUGAGAAUACUCAUAAGAUAUCAUUUAGGGUCGCAGAUGCUCUGAACGUGUGGUACGUUGAUGCAAAUUUGCAUCUUUGGUUGGAUGGAAAAAGUAAGAAAACGGAAGGAAGGUUGUUGAAAUACAGUUGCCCGCCCCUCUCCUUUUCGCUGCGGACCAAUUUUACCAGUCUUGAUGGAUCCUUUAUCACAAAUGCUAGUAGGUCGGUCAAAUUGACCGGAAGGGUAAGGUCGUCCUAUGGAACGAUCACUACGGAGUCGUCUCAAGAUUUAAGUUAUAGCAACUAUAUGGUCAUGGGAAAUGAAGGGAACUUGCAAAUAGUGGAUCAGAUAAUUGAAUUCAAUGAUACUGUUUCUUCUUCUGUUCACUCACUUAAGUCCUUCAAAAAGUUUCUGUUCCAGUGGUAUUCUGACAAUGUCGAUCAAGGUAACCAAAGCUAUGCCUCGAUAUCGAAUUUGACAUUGGGAUUAGAUGAGAAGAGGGUAAAGGGUUCCAAGUAUGGAUCUUUGGUUAGUUCUGUUAAAAAUAUGCAAAAAGCGCAGGGUUAUAUGCUUGUAAAAGGCCAGUUAGUAGUCAAUGGACUUGGAAGUACCCAACAAGUAUAUAAAUAUAAGGAAGAUUUGUGCUGCUACUCCAGGAACAUAAGCAGCUCAAAUUACACGAUACUUUAUGAUAAAGUGAGGAAUGGCUGCAGCAAAAGUACUAGGUCUCACUGGCCUUUGAGGAUUGGUAAAAUGUGGUCUCUUCCUGAUUGAAGGGUCUUUUGGCAAUC